AUGAGAAAAUUCACUGCAAGCCUCAUCCAAAAGCACAACACAGCUUUGUACGGAGUGUUGCGUUGCCAAAAUUCAAUCAUCAAGAGAUUCAAUUCGACAUCGUCAUCAUCGGGUCAUGGAGAGAAACGCACAUUCCCAAAAGUUUCGAACCUCCAAGACAAGAGAAACAUUAAAUAUGCCAUGCUCAUCUCCUUUGGACUCCUGGGUGUUUAUGUCAUUGAGAAAAUGCUUGCUUUCAAACUACCAAAACCAUUGGUCGGAGAUCGUUAUCAACAAUAG